AUGGAACUGCAUCUAGAGUUAAAUUUCCAGCCGGCGCAGAUCCCGUGGCCAGAACCGGACUGUGAGAUGGGGAGAACUGACAGAACGCCUAGCCUCACCGGCCACCUCUGCUUCCUGCUCAGCCCCAGCUCCCGCCCACCCCCAGAUCCACUGAACGUCACACUGGAGUUCACGGCAGAGCUCGAUCCCGGGAAGCAGCAGAACCGGCUGUGGUUCUCAGCGUCAGGGAAGAAGGCCGUGCAGCAGCUGGCUCUCACCCAACGGCGCAAAUGCAUCCCGCUGAACAUCUCCGUGCAGGACUGCAUGGAAGAUUUCCUCAACCCUGUGAAGUUUCUGCUAGAAUACUGCAUACAGGACGAUGCCGGGGCUGGGCCGCCCCGCGUCCAGCCGGCCUUCCGACAUAAGUGCGUCCAGGGCCUUUCUUGGAUGGACAGUAACCAAGUGGAAUAUCAGGUGAUUAACUGUACUGUCGAUCAGCUCAGCGACCGGGCAGCUCCGACCCUCGUUCUCAGAGGGCAACUCGACAUCAAUGGUCGGAACAAGGACAAGAUGAGGAAGUAUGAGCUGCGUACUUCGGGAAUCAUGGACUUUGACAGGCGGAGGUACUACCAAGGCGAGGAGGGAGCCGAGGGAGAGACCCUGCUCCGAGCGCACAUUGUGACUGUUAUUGAACCUCUGGUCGAAGUGGAUUCUUUGCCGUACAUCGUCGGAGGAACGGCUGGUGGAUUCGUAAUUCUGCUCCUGGUUGGGAUCGUUUUCUACAAGGUUGGAUUUUUUAAACGCAAGUACAGGGACAUCAUGAAAGACGGAUGUCAGGAUAAUCAAUGCAACGAGCCCCUGAACCAACCGGCCCCUCCACCGACGGAAACAUGAAUUGCCACUUACUUUCCAAUUCUCUCAAUUCCUUCUCGCUGAAGCCUUUUGGAUUCAGAUCCCCCGGCGUCGCUGGUAAUAUCAUGAUCACUCUUCCUCACGGCAAUGGAACAACUAUCUCAAUCGGAGAAAAUUGGAUGGGCAGAUACGGGUCCUGGUUCCUUCCCGGAAUGCCUACUCUACCACUUGGUGGGUAUUGUGCGAUUUCUGAUGUUACUUUCUGAGAUGGGACUUCGUUCAGUUCGGUUGCCGCUCGGUGAGGAGUCUCUGUAUUCAUUCCCCGUGAAAUGGGUGGGAUUCCUCCGGGUGCUCCGGUUCCCUCCCACGAUCCAAAGACGUACCACGUGGGCUAAUUGGGUAUUGUAAAUUGCGCCCCCCUUCCGUGAUUAGGAUGGCGCUAAUCGGGCUGGGGCAGCAUAUUUGGAAGAGAUGGAAAGACAUUGUAUUACUGAAUGAAUAAUUAAAUAAACGGAUGAAUGCCUGUGCUGAGUUCAUCGCC